AUGGGCAACCGGAAUACAACUAUGGGUGGCUUUAACGAAUCCUGCUUCCAAAAGGAAUUAAACACUUCCCACCAGGAGCAUUCGGAAAUAGCGCUUGCCGGUUUCAAGCUAGAGGAGUUGACUAUUUACCUCACAGUGACACUUUUCAUGCUGGUAGUCAUGCUCCUUAAACUUGGCUACCGGAAAGUCCCUCACCUAGGAUCCUAUUUCCCCGAAUCCCUUCUACUCAUGUUGGUGGGGCUGGCCUUCGGUGCGAUUAUUCGCUACACCGAUAGCGGAUGCACAUAUGCCAAUACACUACGUCUUUCACCGAACCUCUUUUUCAAUGUCCUUCUACCGCCUAUCAUGCUUGAAUCAGCCUAUAGUAUCUACAACAAGAAAUUCGGUGAAAUUCUUACAACCAUUCUUCUUUUUGCUGUAAUUGGAACCGUACUCAACUUCCUCUUCAUAGGUUUAGGGCUUUAUGUUGUGGACAUAACAAUUGGCCUAGGCGAGCCUAAACUCUACUUUGGAAUUAAGGAAUUUUUCCUCUUCUCAUCACUCAUUGUUGCUGUAGAUCCAGUGGCUGCGUUGGCGAUAUUUCAAGAUAUUGGAGUCGAUCUCAACCUGUAUUACAUGGUUUUCGGUGAAUCACUGUUGAAUGAUGCUGUGACAGUUGUGCUCUACAACAUAAUGAGUGCCUUCGUAGCAUCCCCAACCGUGAGUGGAUGGCAGGUAGCAGUGGGCAUUGGGUCCUUCUUCACCGUUAGUCUAGGAGGUGCUAUGAUCGGGCUUCUUCAUGGUAUAUUCUCCUGCUUCUUGACUCGUUUCAAUGUGGUCUCCGAGACUAUUGGCAUCCUCCUAACUAGCUAUUUGGCCUAUAUCGUUGCCGAUUUGUUUGCCUGGUCUGGAAUAAUCUCCAUUAUAGUCUGUGGGGUGUUUCAAUCGGCUUACGCUUUUCAUAAUCUCACACCACUAUCCGUCAUGGUACUGGAAUCGGCUGUGGAACAGGUAGCGUCAAUUGCUGAGGCCAUUAUUUUCCUCCUUCUGGGUUCUGAAGUUUUUGCACUCAACCUUCGAUGGCAUGCUGGAUUUCUAAUCACCUCCUUGGUGCUUUGCAUUGUUGUUCGGUUCAUUGUGACUGGAAUACUAUCAGCAAUUGUAAAUAAAAAUCGCUCCAAGCAGACUCGAAUAUCGUGGUCGGAACAAGUCAUAAUCAGUUAUGGAGGACUGCGUGGAGCUGUAGCAUUUUCAUUAGCUGUUCUCAUCAAUGCUGAAAGUCUUGGAGACGGGUCACAUCUUGCAAGGGAUGUUCAAGUGACCGCUGCCAUUGCUGUUAUUUUCUUGACUGUGGCAGUGAUGGGAACAACUAUCAAACCAUUGGUUCGAUUGCUCAACAUUCGCCUAUACUCAGACAAGGACUCCGCGAGGAAUCUUUUCCUAACUCUAAACGAUUCAGUGAUGGAGGAUAUUCUCAUCUUCAUUGAAGAGUUAAUAUCAUCUCCUGGUGUGCACUCCUUCGUGCGUGCAUUAUCCGCUUUCGACGAUAAGUACAUCCGACCCAUACUGCAACGGGAUGCCGCCACACAUGAAAUGAAAAUUGUCAAUGCUUAUGCAAAAUUAGCACUUCAGAUGCACUCCGAGGCCAUAGGAGCACAUGGUCCUUCAGAACCCAGCGAAUUGAGCGGUCGUGGUGAGGGGAGCAGGGAAGAGGUAACAAAAACAGCUGAAAUCGGCGUCAAAAUUAUACCUGACAUAUUACUUUCACCGAGUCUACCAUCCACAAAACAUCAACGCCGCCUAACACUAGCAGCCUUAUCUAGCAUAGGCCCAGAAAUUGCGUAUGGGCAUGUCAAAAAUGGCAAUUUUGCAUCGGCACAAAGGGCACAGUUUGCAAAGCUGAGUCGUACGCAGGCGACCUUUGCAAGAACAAUGGAUUUGUAUGCGCGACAGCACGAGUCGAUCGAAACGGCCUUACCCGAGGAAUCGCGUCGUAGAAUCAAUCGGCAUAGAGGGCAGCUCACACGACAAAUCGCAAACUGCACAGACAGUGAGGUUCACUUGGGAUCGAGGUCCCACGGACUGAAGCCGUAUCCGUACCGACCAGAACCCAUAACCGGCUCCUUUACGCUAACCACAAUGCAGGAGGAAAGGGGAGCGCCGGAAGAUGAGCGUGAAAUGAAGGAGGACAGAGACGUUCGAUCAAAGUCGAUUGACUUGUGA